CUCAUCAGACGAAGCUUCGUGGAAGUUGCAAUGGAGCUUACAUGCCCCCAAGCAUUUAAGCACCCCACCUUCUCCACACUUUCCCCUCAACUUCUUUUGUUUUCUCUCCAUCCUCCCCCCAAAUUAUUGUCAUUCUUUCAUCUUCAUCUACUUCUCUUCUUCUUCAUACUCUUUUCGUAAAUCAUGAAGCUCAUCAACAGGCUAAGUCCCAAACGUUUUUUUCGAUCUAAUAAAAAGGACCGAUCCAUCGUCUCCAAAUUCGACCCCUCAUCGUAUAGUUCCGGGUCAGGUACGUCUUCGUCUUCUUCUUCAUCAGACUCCGCGUCUUCAAUCCACAAAGGACAUCAAUACCCUUCGACGACUACUGCUGACUUGGGAACACCCACCAGCGUUUUGCCGGCAACAUCGGGUGACUGGUCUGAUUUUUCCUCUAAUUUUUAUCUAGAACUUUGUCAAGCGUUUAAAAUAAUAGACAAAGAUAACGAUGGGGUUAUAACGAGGAGCGAGCUCGAGGCUUUGCUUAGCAAGGUCGCCAGACAGCCGCCCAGCCGGGAAGAGGUUUCGUUGAUGCUGAGCGAGGUGUAUGGGGACGGCGUCGGGUGCAUCAGCCUGGAUACGUUGAUGACCCAGGUAGUUGUACCGGCUUGCGACGAACCCGCUUGUGAACCGGAGCUGAGGGAGACGUUUGAUAUAUUUGAUACGGAUCAUGAUGGGAAAAUCACGGCGGAGGAGUUGAUGGCGUUCUUCAAGGAAACUAUAGGGGAUGAGCGGUGCACGCUAGAGGAUUGCCGGCGCAUGAUUGCCAGUGUUGAUAAGAAUGGAGAUGGGUUCGUGUGCUUCGAGGACUUCGCUAGAAUGAUGGAGCUGCAAAGGUGAUCAUGAUUAUGGGAAUUUUUAUUUUGUGUGUGUUUGAUAAUCAUGUCAUGGAGUUGCUCUUGAUUUAAGGGAGAAAAUUAAAUGAAACCUUCUGAAUAUUUUUCUUUUAAUUUUAAAUUUCUGGAUUUGGGUGUGUUUUUAUUUUGAACUGCACUUUUUUUUUUCUAGCUGGGUUUAAUUAGGAUAAUAAUGUGGGUUUGACAACCAAUCGGACGGUUUAGCUUGGUCGAUCUGAAGAGAGAAAGAGGCGCUCAUCUGCCGUACGAUAUAUAUAAAGACGGGAAGGAAAACAAAAAUCCUUUCUGAUCUGUUUCUGCCCUUGUGGUGUGCUUUAGCUGGAAUUUUUUUUUUCUAAUUUUAAAAUUGUAUUGAAUUCAUGAAAAAAAGUAAAAGAGUAAAGAAGGCAAAUUGUGAAGGGUGAUUUACAGGGAAGUUCGAUGAUAAGUAUGGCUAAUGUUUGUGAUAA